GCAUCCCCUAAGCCUAAAAACAAGGCACUACCAACAAACUGCAAAAUUUCUCUUUCUCUCUCUCUCUAUGCUUUUUCAGAAAAAAAAUUUCAUGGCUAACACACACACACACAGUCCCUCUCUCUCUAGAAAAAUACCAUCUUUCUCUCUCUAAAAAACCAUAUCAUUGAGUCAUGACACUUAUCCUUUUCCUUCUUUUUUCUGUGCCUAUGUCUGCUAUAAGUUUUAUAGUAACUAUAUACUAUAUUAGUACUAUGUCUGUAUUAAAUAUAUUUAUCUUUUUCACUGUUCCUAUCUUCAGCAGAGGUCACAACUCACAAUGCAAAGAAUCAUCAGCCCACAAACAAAGGAAGAUGAGAGAAGAAAAACACACACACACACACACCAAAAAUCAACUCAAAAAUCAACUCUUUUUUCUUCUCUGUAAUGGCCCAGCUGGACCAAAAUUUAUAUAACCAAAGAGGAGAAGUAUUCAUAUGUCUUGUUAACUAAAAACCCACCUCAUAUACACACCAUUUAACCAUAAAGACACAAUCUUUCCAUAAAUACCCUUCUGCAACACCCCUAAAAAGAUCCAAUCUUUCAUCACUGUCUCUAAAAAAACAAAAACAGCAAUGUAUUACUACUACUAUAUUUUUCUUCUCCAUUUAUGUGGGCUUUUUGGGGUUUGUCUUUCUUUGUCAAGAACCUUCUUACCACCUCUCUCUUUUCCUUUCUUUCCUUAUUUACAACUCCUUUUCUUUGUUGUAUUAUUAUUGUUUUCUCACUUACACGCCUCUCUUUCCUCUCUUUUUUCUCUCUUCUGCCGCCUUGACUCUUCUUCAUAUUUUCCAAGAUCUGAUUUUUUUUGUGAUCUGAUGUCUAAGAAGAUGAAAAGGGUGUCUUUAGAAUCAUCAUCUUAUGGUGUUUUUGAAGAUUCAAAGUCUAGGUUGAAGCGUCAGAUACUAUUUCAGGACUAUCAGGAGCUCCACAAGGAAACUGAUGGCACGAGGCACAAAUUGGAGGAUUCAAAACUGAGGAAACUAAGAUUACUAGCUGAAGUUCGUUUCUUACGCCAGAGGCGCGCAUAUCUAUUGCAGUUGAAGUCCUUAAGUCGUCCACAAGGGCAACAGCUAGUACCAAUGCCAAAUCCAGAAACAUACGACAAAAACAGGUCGAAGGAUAAAGUCUACAGCAAAAAGAAGGCCAAGCUAAACAAACUGACCCCACUUCCUGGCCCAAAACAGAACGGAAGGAUACAGGUCGCUUCCAAGAAGACACCUGAUAUUCACGUGAGGCAAAAGCACAAAUUAGGUGGUGGAAAAGAUGAUGUUUUGCACAAUGCAGUUUUUGGGUUGAACCGUGAAGCAAGAGUAUAUAGUGAAAAGGAAGUUUCAUCCGGGAAAGGAGCUCCAGCCUAUGAUUUGAAGCAGAACGAGAGAUUUUACAUUGCGAACAAUGCUGACUUACGAAGGGGCAGCAAGCCUGCUUUUGAUUUAAAUAAUGACACUGGUCAUAGUGGCAAAGAAGCUGCUUUGCCUACUCGUGCACCAGUCUUCGACUUGAAUGAAAUCUCGACUUUCUAAUUUUUACAGAUGGGGGAAGAGGAAACACAAGCGAACUUUGAGCAGGUGCAGUUCGAGGAGCCAAAGAGAAGUCAUAUCCGAAACCAGAAUGAUGAUCAGCACAAUGAUUUGAAGUUAUUGGUUUGCAGAAAUGUUGGAGAAGGCACUUCUCAGGUGGGAAAGCGAAAAUUAUCAUGGCAAGACCCUGUUGCUUUGAGGGUUUGACCCAUCUUCCACUAUUCAGUUAAAUGUGGUAAGAAAAGUUUGAGCGAGCGCUGAGCAGUUAUUGAACCUGAACUGGCCUUACUAGGUCAAUUGUUCUGUUGACAUGUAGGCUUAUGCUUUUCCUUUUUGUGUAUAGGAAGUUCUUAUACAUGUAAUAUGUGCACACACUAUAUGUUGAUCGCGAGCAACGAGAUAUAGUCAGUAUAAUUCGUUCUCUACAUAAAAUAGCGUAUGUUGUUCAGAAGUUUUCUGUACAAGCAAGGGAUUUGGUCUUCUCUGUUUGUUGGAUUCCACAUUGAUGACAUGGGAACUCAACUUAGGUGUUCUUUGUUAUUCUUUCUCUUCUGCUACCUGGAAUAGUUUACUAAGUUCUUUUUGGAUUCUCAUCACCGUCGAGACGAGUUCUUCUAACAGGUUUCUUGAGAUUAGUUCUGAUACCACCUGGUGCAGGAAAAGAAGAAUGGGAUAUGAGGUAGAUGAAUUUGAGUGCCUAAGAUGGUAGUAAAGGGCAACCCGGUGCAGUAAGCUCCUGCUGUGCGCGGGGUCCAGGUACGGGCCGAACCACAAGGGUCUAUUAUACGCAACCUUACCCUACAUUUAUGCAAGAGGUUGUUUCCACUGCUCGAACUCGUGACCUCCUGGUCAUAUGGCAGCAACUUUACUAGUUAUGCCUGCUCAUCACCAUCGAGACGAGUUCUUCAAAUAGGUUGCUUGAGAUUAGUUCAAAUGGUUUGAGAUGGUGUUUGAAAGGACAAUAACUUAUGAGAAUGGUCCUUGUGAUUAACAUUAUUCUGUGAUUGGAGUCCAAUGAUGUAUUUUCAGCUUGUUAUGAUCAAGAUGUAUGUUUGAAAGAUUUAAGAACUUGGCUCUUACCUUGUA